CUGGUGCAAGUGAGAGCACAGGAGAGUAGUUGAGUGCAGUGCAGUCUAGAGAGGCUGGAGUGAGAAGAAGAAAAAGUCUCCAGAGGAGGAGUACACGUAAGGACAGUGGGAGAACUCAACAGCAGGGAACAAAAUCACACACAUUGCCAGGGCUGCCAAACUCACUGCGGGUGGAAUCAUGGCCUCUCUGCUGCUGCAAUCGGUCUGUAUUCUUGGCAUCCUGUCAGCGCUUAUACUCGCAGCUUACUCGCAACAGCUUAACUCAGUCAACAGGGUAUGUGCACGAGGCUUCUUCUUGAAUGAGCAGAACAGCUGUCUGCCCUGUAACUGUAAAGGCCAUGCCAAUAGCUGCGAGGACAUUACUGGGAUAUGCAUUGAAUGCCAGGACCACACUGUUGGAGAUUUCUGUGAACAGUGUGAAGACAGAUUUUUACCUGCAUUUCUUCCUGACGACACCUUUGUGUGUAGCCCAUGUGCCUGUCCGCUCUCACUGGAGUCUAACAACUUUGCAGCCCACUGUGAUAAGAGGGGUGAUAUUCUGAGAUGUGCGUGCCAGGAAGGGUAUGUUGGACACUACUGUGAGAGAUGCACUCCAGGUUACUAUGGCAACCCCAUGAAGUUGGGCGACUCCUGUAAAAAGUGUGAUUGUAAUGGUAACUCUGACCCCAACCUGAUCUUCAAUGAAUGCAACAAUGUGACGGGCCAGUGUCUGAACUGCUGGGGUAACACCGUCGGGGACAACUGUGAGAGAUGUGCACCAGGUUUCUAUGGUGAUGCCAUCAGUGCCAAGGACUGUCUGGAGUGUUUGUGUAAUGAGUGUGGUACUGCAUCAUGUGAUGACAGGACAGGUGUAUGUCACUGUAAGCCUGGGGUCACAGGUCACCUGUGUGACAAGUGUGAGGAGGGUUAUUAUGGAUUUGGCAGCUGUACGGGAUGUCGUCGGUGUGAAUGUGCCUCUGCUGCCAUGCGUGCCACCUGCCACCCUCUUACGCACAAUUGCCAGUGCCACCCUGGGGCCGGAGGCCGGUAUUGUGAACGCUGUCUGCCAGGAUUCUGGGAUUACAGCCCAUCUGGCUGCCAGAAGUGUGAUUGUCCAGAGGACAAUUGUGACAUGCACACAGGAGAGUGUCUACCUGAGGCCUCACAAAUCAAUGAGUGCAAUAUCAACUGUGAUGUGUGUAUCUGGAAUCUGAUUGGAGACAUUCGUCAGUCCAACAAAACUCUGGAUAAGGUCAGGAACCGAGUGCUGAACAUUUCUACUGGAGCUGCUGCCAAUGACCGAUUAAAAUACUACAACUACACUGCACACAGACUACAGGCUCAGUUUAUAGGUUGGAGGAAUACGUCUGCAGCGGUGAGAUCUGAUAUUGGGCAGUUGGAGGAAGAAACGGAAGAGCUGCUUACUGACAUGGAGCUGCUUGCAGGAGAGGAGGAAGCACUGAAUUCACUGGGAGAGCGGGUGGAUGAAGAGACGCUGGAAAGCUCCAUGCUAGCGAAGACACUUAGCGCUAACCUCUCAUCUCUCAAUGUCCUCAUAGAGGAUAUGAUCAGGGAGUGGGAGUUGUACAGUGUCUAUCAGGAGUUGGAUCCCGAGGUUAAGAGGCAGAAAACGGUAGAAGCUGAACGGAUCUUGGGCUGGAUGAGAAAUUUGAACCUCUCACCCAAAGAGCUGCUCGCUACUAACGAGUCUUCAGAAGCCCAUAAUUUGCUACGGCAUGUGCGUCAGCUGGAGAAAACUCUGAUGACUACAAAGGGGCGUCUGUCACCUGUGUGGGAGGUGCUGGGUCGAUUCAAUUCUAAACUUUCCCAGGCUCAGGGUCUCCUCAACAAUGCUGAGGACUCACUGCAGCAGACACUCAGCAAAUACAAGACCAACCAGCUCAAACUGCUGAGGAGAGAGGCACAGCAGCAUCGUCUGAAAGAGACCUACGAUGCUGCAGAUCAAACUCUCAUUACGAUUGGGGAAAUCAUCUCUGUGGCAAAUCUGACUGUCAUCGAGGUGGAAGAUAUGGUGAUGAAUGUGCGACAACAACAUGCUGAAUUCGAUGGGGCCAAUGUACUACUGGAAAGUAAGACAGAGAAGCUGUCUCAGUCAGACAGAGAACUAGUGCUGAGAGCUGAAGACCAUGCCAGUGAACUGGAGACACAUGCUGAAGAACUCCAAUAUCAUCUGAAACGCAGUGACAUAAAUGGACAUGUGCAGAAAGCCCUGAACGCCUUGAAAGUAUAUGACAAUAUAGUCAAAUACAUUGAUGAUGCAGACAUCACUGGCUUGACCACUCUCAACAUCUCCAGCAAGACUCAUGAUGCAACUGAUGAAUUAAACUCUCAACUGAAUGUCCUGAGUCCUCAGAGUGACAAUGUGUUCAAAGAGGCAGCAUCCCUACACUCUGAACAGAUAGAGGUUGAAUCAGUUGUGCUCGACAAUAAGAAAUACAUGGAGGAGACCAAUGAAAUGAUGGAGAGCUCCUCUAAAAAAAUAGCUAAGAUCAUCAAUGACAUCAAUGCAAUUCAGAAAGAUCGGACUCCGAAGCGUCUGCAGUUUACUCAGGAAGUGGCUGAGGGCACUCUGAACCGCUCGGCUGAAGUGUUGCAGAUGGUGACACCCAUUUUAAAAAGAGUAGAAGAGUGGAAUGACAAUAUGAAAAAUGAAGAUUAUUCACCUGCAGCUUUUGACCGCACUGUGAUGUCUGCUGGCGAUGCGGUGGAGGGCCUUUCAGGGAUUAUGCCAGAGCUUCUCAAUAAGCUGCGUGUGGUCGAAGAGAAAAGACCUGUUAAUAACGUCACCACAAACAUCAUGAAAAUCAGAGAGCUCAUUGCACAGGCACGCAGCAUCGCCAAGAAGGUGCAAGUGUCCAUGAAGUUUAAGGGUCAGUCUGCCGUGGAGGUUCAUCCUCACUCUAACCUAGAAGAGCUCAAGACUGUCACGUCUAUCAGUUUCUACAUCAGAGUCGACCCAGACAAAGACCCUAUAGAAGACCGCUUCCUACUCUACCUGGGAGACAAGCGGGGACGUAAGGACUACAUGGGACUGGCCAUAAAGAAUGAUAACCUGGUGUUUGUGUACAAUCUGGGAGGAGAAGAUGUAGAGAUUCCCCUCAGCUCAAAGCCGGUCAGCUCCUGGCCUCCUGUCUUCAAUCUUGUUAAAGUGGAGAGGUUGGGUCGUCAUGGUAAAGUGUUCCUGACUGUUCCAAGUCAGGACACCACAGCAGAGCAGAAGUUUAUCCAGAAAGGAGAGUCAGAUGGAACUGACUCUCUGUUUGACCUUGACCCCAGAGACACUGUCUUCAUUGUCGGAGGAGUGACAGCUGAUGUAAAGCUUCCUCCAGCUUUGAGCUUGGCUCCUUUUGUUGGUUGCAUAGAGUUAGAGACUUUGAACAGUGAUGUCAUCAGUUUGUACAACUAUAAAGAACUUCAUAAAAUGGAUGUUGUGGCAUCAGUGCCUUGUUCCAGGCAUAAGUUGGCUUUCUCUCAGAGUCAUGUGACAAGUUACUUAUUUGAUGGUACCGGCUAUGGAUUAGUACAAAACAUAGAGAGAAGGGGCAAAAUUGGCAUUGUCACUCGGUUUGAUAUCGAAGUGCGAACUGUUGCCAACAAUGGUAUUCUAUUCCUCAUGAUUAAUGAGGCAAAUUUCUUCGUGCUGGAGCUGAAAAAUGGGUUUUUACGUCUGAUGUAUGACUUUGGUUUCACCGAUGGCCCUGUUGUCAUGGAGAAUAACUUACCUAAACUCCAGAUCAAUGAUGCCAGAUAUCACGAGGUGUCUGUAAUAUAUCAUCACUCGAAGAAGGUAAUUCUGCUAGUGGACAGAAGCCAUGUCAAGUCCAUAGAAAAUGAGAAGAAACCCUUGCCAUUCUCUGAUAUCUAUAUUGGAGGAGCUCCUUUUAGCAUUCUGCUCUCUAGGCAAGAGUUGUCAUCCCUGGUUGGGCUGAAGGGUUGUGUGAAGGGAUUCCAAUUCCAGAAGAAGGACUUCAGUCUCCUGGAGGAGCCAGGAACUAUAGGGAUCAGCAGUGGAUGCCCAGAGGAAUCAUUUAUGUCCCGUAAGGCAUAUUUCACAGGUGAAGGCUACCUGGGCUCCACAGCUAAAAUCUCACCAUUCCAAUCAUUUGAGGGGGGGCUAAACUUCAGAACACUACAGUCAAAUGGACUCCUGUUCUACCACAGAGAUGGGUCUGAUGAGUUUUCGCUCUCACUGGAGAAUGGUGCUGUGGUACUCCAAUCCAAAGGGACCAGAGUAAGAUCACAUAAGAAGAAUUACAAUGAUGGACGAUCUCAUUUCCUAGUUGCCACAGUGUCCAAUCAAAAGUAUGAACUUGUCAUUGAUGACAAAGACAAGCAGGAGAAGAAGAAGCCAACCUCUACGUCUCAGUCAGAUAACACUCAGAAUACCUUCUACUAUGGAGGCUCUCCUACGAGUUCUAUACAGAAUUUCACUGGCUGCAUCAGUUACGCAUACAUUAGCAGGCAGGAUAGAGAUAUAGAGCCUGAAGAUUUCCAGCGAUACACUGAGAAUGUGCAGGUAUCACUACAGGACUGCCCACUGGAGACUCCCCCUGAUUCUCUGCUCAAUAAAGAUAGCAGGGACUCCUCUAGACAAAGGCCAGGGCACUCCCGCAAGGUGGGCAGGGAUGAGCCCAGUCUGCCACAAGGCUUGAAGAGCAAUCCUUUGGAUGUUCCAGAGACAGAGGUUGCUUCCUGUUAUCUGUCCUCUCGCCCAAGAGUAACUCGCUAUGCUCACCACUAUGGAGGCUCUGCCCACAGCCACCAUGAGUACACAAGCAUUGCCAAAUCUAUCAGAGAUGAAUCUCACAUUUCUCUUUCUCUAAAGACACGUUCAGCAUUCGGUCUUGUCUUUUACGUGGCUGACGAGUAUGAGGAGAACUUCAUGGCUCUGUUCCUCACUCAUGGCAGACUGGUGUUUAUGUUUGGCUCAGGCCAAAACAGCAUCAGAAUCAGAACCAAAGAGAAAUACAACGAUGGACAGUGGCAUGAUGUUGUCUUUAUCAGAGGUGGUAGUAUCGGCAGACUGAUAAUUGACAGUCUAACAAUAUUAGAGGACAGAUCUCCAGGCGGGAACAUCUCACUGCUUGUCCAAGAUCCUCUUUAUGUAGGUGGGGUACCACCUGAACAGGCUCAGAAAAACAUUCAGAAGACGUCUGUGUCUGGCUUCUCUGGUUGCGUGCAGAGUCUCCAACUGAAUGGCCGCAGGCUCACCUCUGCCUCCAACACUUUUGGAGUCACACCCUGCUACGAGGGCCCCUCAGAACCUGGGACAUACUUUACUGAAGAGGGAGGAUAUGUUCUCCUGGAUGACUCCCUCAAUUCUGGUCAAAGAUUUGAGCUAGUGAUGGAAGUGCGCCCUCGUGUGGCUACAGGAGUGCUACUGCAUAUCUUCACUGAAGAGAAGAGAUAUUUUACCAUGUACAUGUAUCAAAACAAGGUGGUUGUGGUGGUAAAUAAUGGUAUUCGUGAGUUCUCCACAUACGUGUUUCCUAGACAGGGAAUCUGUGAUGGAAACUGGCACAAGAUCACAGUGACCCGAGAUGGUGACAUGGUGCAGCUGGACGUAGACUCAGAGGUGAAUCGUGUCUUGGGGCCUGUUAAUCAAACAGCACAGAAUACCAGCUCUCCAGUGUUUAUUGGAGGAGCCCCAGACUCCUUGCUACCUGAGAGCCUCCUCAGCGGGAGAGGCUACACAGGCUGCAUAAGGAACCUGUCUGUGAAUGAAUUUCCUGUGAGCUUCAGUAAAGCGGCCUUCGUCAGCGGUGCAGUUGGUGUGGGCACCUGUCCUGCUGCCUAAGCAACUGCCACUCUGGGUCUCCACAGCAACAGAACUGAAACUCUUGUCAAUGCUUAUGAACCAAUUAAGUAUAAAGCAGCAUUGUCAAUGUCUCUAACAUGCUACUUUAGCUUGAUUUAAAGCUAUUUUAUCACUAUUAAAUAUGCCAUUACUAAUGUACUGCAAACGUAAGUAAUGCAAUAAUUAUAUAACAUGACACUAAAAGAUCUUAAAUUAAGGUAAAGGUCCAAUAUAAGGUCUGUUGUCAACAAAACGUUGCAUAAAAUAACUAAGCCAUACAGUAAGACUGAAUACUGCCUACUAUUUAACCAAAUAAAAUAAGUGAAACAGUUAUUUUUCCAUGAUCAAAAUUUCAAACAGUAAUAUGCUACAUUGUUGUCACAUGACCUCAUCACAUCCACAUCCAGUUAUCAACUUGGAAAUAGAAACUGUUUGCAUUAAAAAUUUAUGAAAUUCUUUCAAUGGCUAAAGUCGUGGCUGUAACUAUUUGUGAUUCACUCACAUGAGAUAUUGAAGUUCAAGUGAAGCACAUUGCACUGUACAUUUUGCAAAUGUAGGUUAUCCUGGUACUGUAAAUCCAUACAGAAAAUGUGCUUACUGUGCACUGUAUACAUACCACUAUAGUGCAGAAUUAGUAAGAGUAGUAUGUUAAUACACUAUUUCCAACAUCGCCACAGACUUUUCUGUCAUGCGUAUAUCAGGUGAAUUAAUUUCUUCACUCCUCACUGCUUUAUCUGACUAUUUGAUGAUUUUCUGCUACGUUACGUCUUUAAUAAAGCUGAUUUUUUUC